AUGGCCUACGAUGGGUAUCAGCCAUAUCCCAAUACGGGAUACCAGAUAGGCAACAUGAACCCAGAAUCAAACGAUUCUCCUGCCCCAGGUGGUUAUCCAUCGGUCCCUCCUUAUCCCUCGUACCAUGAGUCGGAUCAUAUCAAUAUGCCUCAACCACAGAUGCCUCCGACCGCAUCGCCAGCUCCGCCAACUACGGGAUACGAGCAAGGCUACGAGCAGUAUCCGGAACCACCCCACCCACAGAGCGCAAACACGGGGCAGAUCAAUGAAGCCGUUAGCUCGGCUGUGUAUAAUAAUGCAAACACAAAUUCUUAUCUUUCACCCGAGGUGCUAUCGCAGAUUACCUCGACCGUUAUUCAGCAACUAAAGGCGUCCGGUUUAAACGAUAUCCAAGGCUCUUCAAACCAAAUCCCGCAACCCCAUUACCCACCCCCACCCACAUCGCGACCGCACUCUCAGACUCCGCAGUCGUCAUGGUCUGUACCACCCACGGAUCUGCCACAACGGCCGCAGACAGAAUCUCCACCUGGCGUGGCGUACCCAGAAGGAAGGUCAAUCCCACAUGCGAAUACUUUGCCAAAUGGCUUUGAGAUCAACCCGCCGUACUCGGAGCAUCUGGGAUACUCUGCCAAGCCUCGGUCGAGCUCGAAGUCCUCGGUGGACAAAGUGUCGCGCAGAACGGCUUCCAUGUCGAGCCAGAGUAGUAGUGUGAAGAUAGAGUCUCGACCGAAGCCACCAGACCGUGAUACUACAGUCAUGGAGAUGACGACACUGGAGAAGAUUUGGGGAAAGCUGUUUGAAGAUGAUAAGCCGACGAAGAGACUUGGUCAAUUUUUGAGAGGAAUUGCUAUGCAUCUUAUUGAAGAUUAUCCGCCCGGUAACACUCUCGUUAUUACACCUCCAAAACUGCAGAAAUUCUAUGCAGACACCGACUUGGACUGGGAUCCUUAUCCAUGGCAGGACAUCUUUGAUGAUCGCACUUCUUCUAUCUCGAGAUUAUUCCGUGAAGUCCGUGCAGAACACCAUCUCGUUCAGGGAGAUGAUCUGAAAGAACGACCUGAUACCCCUGGUCUAACUCCCAAGGGCUUCGAGACAUGGGCCACUUUAAUGAUUCAAAGUCACCCGGAUCGCGAGUACGAGCGCUUCCAGAAGGCCGUAUUGAACAUGCCAAUCAGCAAUCCGGAUGAUAAGAAGGAACGGUUCCCCAAAGAGAUCCCACGCAGACUGUUCCCCGAGUUCGCUGAUAUCAAGCUGCGAGAGAAGACCGAGGAGCACCUGAUGAAACACUGUGGUGUCGAUCUACCUUACAUUACCGAAGCAGAGCGAGCUAGAGCCAAUCGCCCCAAGAAGUCUUCUCCCGUCUCUGCAAACAACACAGCCAAUAAAUUAGGCAACCUACACGCGCGUACUGGAUCUACCGAACGAAGCCGGUCCUAUGAGAGAGGACGACCGCCAACAUCGGCUAAUUCAUCCUCCGCUGUGAUCGAUGACGAAGAUGAGACCAUCCCGUCUGCGCCCAUCGAGCGCGAGCGCAAACCCUACUCGGCAAACCCUGGAGGUGGAAAAAAGUAUGAAGAAUCCGGCGGCUCGCGGAGCCACAGGGAAUCGUUUAAUACUUCGCGCCCCUCGGAUAUCCCAAUUGCAGCACCGUCUUCCAGUCAUCGUGCCUCUGCCUCUGCGAAAACGGGAUCACCACUCCGCGACUCCCUAUACUCGCGGUCUGGAUCCGACGCUCCUUCCCGUCGGUACUCAAGGAGCUCGCGUAGCUCAUCGCGCGGCAUGGGCCAUGAUUACAGACACUCUGAAGGCGAUUUGCUGGGCCGUGAUCCCACACCACGAUACGGCAGCGCUUCCGCGAAUGACCUGUACAUGGAAUCACCCACCUCGAUCGUUCCGCCUGAGUCAGAUGAGCCCCGCCGACAUCACGGGUCUCACCGUAACAGCCGACAGGCGGCGCCUGAUGAAGAGUAUUACCGUGGCAUGCUUGGUGGACAAGGUGGCGGUCCCACUCAUGAGUACAAAUAUUAUCACUGA